AUGCCGCCGCCAACAGGCAUUCGGCUGCGCGAUAGCUGCCAAUCGUGCGCGGCAUCCAAGACUAAGUGCUCUAAGGACAAGCCGCAGUGCGCUCGGUGCGCCAAGAGAGGCACAAAAUGUGAAUAUCUAGUCACACAGCGGACCGGCAGGAAGGCCCUGGUACGGCGAGACAGCGAUGCCAAAGAGCAGAGCAGUGAUGCUGGUAGCCGACGCAAAAGCUUGAGCCGUUCAACGACGACAGCAACAUCCACAACAACAAUGACGUCGUCGUCAAGCAUGUGCGACGCACCAGACGUUCACAUGUCAGGCUGCGCAGAGCCGCCGGACGAAGCCGCGGACAUGUACAUGAUCGAGCCAGGACUCGAAGCAUUCGAUGCAGAUACUGCCGGUAGCAUGCUUCCUGAGAUGAGCACAAUCCACGACGACUACUUCUCGCUCCUCCUCCCAGACGUCGACAUGUCGGCACUGGACCAGGUAUACGAUACAAGCAGCGCCCCCGAUGCCGUGGCAUCCGACAUGCUAGCUCAACCGCCGCUCGGCACCAGCGGCAGCAUGCCUCCUCACGGCACAGCAGCAUAUGCAUCAUAUACGCAGGGGAACGACGUAGCAGCAGCGGCUGGGCACUCUUCGCCCAGGGACCCGCUACCGCUGCAGCAGCCGGAUCUAGGCAUGCUCCUCGAUGCAGCAUGCCUGCCGGGAGCACAACCUCAAACGGGGGAGCAAACCGCUUUACUGCUCUCCGAAAUGCAGAUGCCCCCCUACCAAACCGCCAUGCACCACGCCGCAGCCUCACAGCAGCAGCAAGAGGGCCUCACAAUGGCUCUGCAGCUAAUGCAGCACCUGUGCUGUCUGAGCGAUAGCACUUCAAGUAGUAGCAACUCAAUCUCACUGGCGGGACCAGGAGCGGCGGGACCCCAGCACCACCACCCCUUCCGCCUCCGCAACCUCAUGGACAAAUGCAGCAAAGCCACCGCAACAAUCAGUGCCAUCCUGCACGGCGACUCCUCUCACGACGCAUACUUCCUCGCCGUCGUCUGCCUCGCAAUGUCCAAGGUCCUCGACGCAUACGUAACUGCGUCCCGUACCAUCGGUACACCAACUGCAGACUACUCACGCCGCAAGUCACGCUCCCCAUCCGCUUCUUCUUCCUCGCCUUCGGUGCUAUCUUCGCCGACUCGCCCAGACUCUGCGAGGAGUAAUCGGAGUAGCGGGAGUGUGUCCCCGCCCGUUGUCCUGCAGGGAGACCCUGAAUCAGCUUUAUGA